GCUUUGGAGAAAACUUUUCUGAAAAGCAUCACAUAAAAAAAUGUAAAUCAGAGCUGCAUGGGGGCUUAACGUACUUGCCAAGGGGCCACACUGCACGUGAUUUUGCAGGUACACUUUAAAGAUAUUUUUCAGUCAAGUAUAAAGACAACUGGCAUGUAGGUGCUCUGAAUAAGCGCAGAAAUAGUCCAACACCUGCCUGUGUGCGGAAUGGACGCUGCGGGAGGCCCCGCCCACUGCGCGCUCCGCAGGUACUUUGUCCUCGUCGCCGCUCACAUGAUAAAUGAGCCGCGUCGCUUCCUUCCAGCCUUUUCUCUUUAGCCGUAGAGCGGAACCGUUCACUUCCACGGCAUGCUCGUCUCGGUAAAUGAAGUAAAUAAGUCGUGGUAAAGGCGGUUUUGGUGACUGUUGCUGGUUUCGCUUUUGCUGGUGGUGGAUGUGCGUCGUGUGCCUUUGCGCGCGUGUUUUUUAGCCGGCGACGCUCAGCGAUGGCUGGCGUCAGUGUCGCGCUGGCGGCUCUCGUCUUUUCGCUCUCGUGUUUGGGCUCUGGUACCGGGGCCACCGUAGGGGGCCCUGAUGGGGAUACGAUCUUCCUGUCCGUGAAUGUGUCCCGGGUGCUGAAAGUGGUCAGCGAGCGCUUUUUGUCCGUCGCCAUCGAUGCAAGUUUACUGGCGGAGGAGAAGUUCAUGUACCUCUUGAGCUCCCAGAAGCUGCGAACCCUGGCGAAAGCGCUGACUCCGGGCUUCCUGCGCUUCGGCGGCACCAAACAGGACUUCAUGGUUUUCAGUCCCCACACGAGGUCGAAUGCAGCGUUGCGACCCGACGAUGCUUCGCUGCAGUCUAUUGUGAUGCACCAGUCUAAUCUAUCAGCCAAGGGUGUGUGUAACGCUUUGGUGUUGCCCAACUUCCUGGAAGAGAGGCUGAAGAAAGAGUGGGCUGAACAGGAGGUCCUCCUCCAGAAGGAGGAGAUUCAGGGCCACUACAGCAAGGUCAGGUUCUCAGAACAUGCAGUGGACCUCUUGUAUUCCUUCGCAAACUGUUCUGGGUUUGACCUCAUCUUUGGGCUCAAUGCUUUGCUCCGGACUAAGAACAACUCGUGGGACAGCCGCAAUGCGGAGACCUUACUCAACUACUGUGAGAGCCAGAAUUACAGCAUGUCUUGGGAACUGGGCAAUGAACCAAACAGCUUUGAGAAGAAAGCAGAUGUCCGUGUUGAUGGAUACCAGCUAGGCCAGGACUUUUUGCAUUUGCGCAACAUCCUGAAGAAUUCAAAGUUGUACCAUACUACUGGGUUAUAUGGUCCAGACGUCAGCCAGCCAAAAAACCAUCGGAAGGACCUUUUACAAGGGUUCUUGGAGACUGCUGCAAAGGCCAUUGAUGCAUGUACCUGGCACCACUACUAUGUGAAUGGGAGGGAAGCUUCCAUGGAGGAUUUCCUUAGCCCAAAAGUGCUUGACACCCUGACUACAAAAAUAACCAAAGUGCUACAGACUGUUACCCUGGCUUCCCCAGGGAAGAAGGUAUGGCUGGGAGAAACGAGCUCUGCUUAUGGAGGUGGUGCUACAGGCCUAUCAGAUACGUUUGUUGCAGGAUUCAUGUGGCUGGACAAACUGGGCUUGGCUGCGAAACUUGGCAUAGAUGUUGUUGUUCGGCAGGUUCUCAUUGGAUCUGGGACCUACCACAUGGUGGAUGCCAACCUGGACCCAUUACCUGAUUACUGGCUGUCAAUUUUGUAUAAAAGGCUGGUUGGACCAGAGGUUCUGGAUGCAGAUGGAUUAACAAAUUCUGGUGUUCCAGGACGGAAACUACGAGUGUACCUGCACUGCACAAAUAAGAAGAGCCCAAACGUCAGGAAGGGAGCUGUAACUCUGUUUGCUCUGAACCUAAGUAAGAAGAAGAUGGAGAUCAUCAUGCCCUCCCGUUUGAACAGAAGCAGCGUUGAAGCCUUUGUGCUGGAGGCUGGUAAAACUACUGGGUCUCGGCCCUUGACCUCCAGAUUGGUCCAGCUCAAUGGAGCGGUGCUGAAGAUGGUGAAUGACAGCACCCUUCCCCCGCUGCAUGGCAUCACUCUGCCUCCUGGCCAGUCACUCAAGCUCCCUGGACGUGCAUUUGCCUUCUAUGUGCUGAGGGAUGCUUCUGUGCCUGUCUGCUGGUGAGGCUGGCAAGUGAAAGACGGGGAUGGAAGGGCCUGGAAUUGGGGCAACAUGCCAACCCCUGCAGUGUUUCAACAUGUAGCGUUUGCCAAAGUUUAUGAAGAUCAAUCCAGGGAAUACUUUUUAUAUCUUUUUGGCUAUAGCUGCUGAGGGUGAUGAGGUACAAUAAUGUAAAUUUUUACUUUUUAGUCUUUAUGAAUUCAUAUUUUUUAUAAAUUGUGCUUCCGGUCAAAGUACACUGUUUUAACCGGUUGAAUGUGUUAAAUAAGGGACUUAAUUGGGUACAACUCAUGGAUUCAGUGGUGGAGCUGAUGUUAUGACUGUAUCCACUGGUCAGGAAAUGGUACGAUUAACAUUUGUAUACAUGUUUACAUGAUCUCCAGUUCAUAGGGUAUGAAGGAUACUUUGCAGUGUGGGAACUUGCCUGUAAACAGUUAUUCAGGUGACUCAAAUGAUGACAAUGCUCAAUCCUUUGCAAAAGUGACAAUCCAGAACUACCUGGUUUCAGUUGCCAAGGACAGGUGCAUUAUCUUUGUUUACAGAACUGUUCUGAAAUAAUGUUUACUGGUUGUCUUGUAAUUGUUACUGUAACUUUUACAUUCCUUCACUGGAAAUAGGAUAUAAACAGGAUUGUUUAAAGGAUUUGCAACCAUAAAGCCCAGAUUCAUUUUAAUAUGCAGACAUUCACAGAAUAAACAGACAGCUGUUUCAUUAUUUGCUUCAUAUGGAGAUCAAAUUAAAAUCAGUCUAAUUUCAUUGCUAGUAGGGUCAUUCCCAGAGGCCACAUGAGGAAGGAAGAGCAGAAGUGUUAAAGGUAACAAGUAUGAUACUAAGAGCAAUUUUUAACCUUAAUGUCU